AUGAAGUUGUCGUUUUCUCUUCUUACCCUCUUUUCAGGUAACAUCCUUGUCAAUGCCUUUCCUGCUCUUAACCCAAGUCAUCUUGAAGGCCUUACGCCAGAAAAGCUAGAUGCAGCUAUUCGUUCGGUCAACGAGUUGAAACAAUCCAAGAGAUUUCUUGUAGAUGUCAACAAACCAAUUGACAUCACUGGCAAACACGCUUUCCGGGCUCCCAAAGGUAAAGACCAGCGUGGACCUUGUCCUGGACUCAAUGCUCUGGCCAACCAUGGAUACAUUUCUCGCGAUGGUGUUACCAGCUUCGUGGAGGUUGUUGCCGCUAUCAACCAAGUGAUGGGCAUGGGUACAGAGCUCGCUCUCGUACUGGGUGUAAUGGGUACAGUCUGGACAGGAAACCCAUUGUCAUUAGAUCCUGGUUUCUCUAUCGGAGGUCCAGCUAUUGGCUCGGACAACAUCCUGGGAAAUCUUCUUGGUCUCCUUGGUGAUCCACGAGGUCUUCAAGGUUCGCACAAUUGGAUCGAGUCCGACUCAUCUCUCACGCGCGAUGACCUUUACGUCACCGGCGAUGCUUGGACGAUGAACAUGACGCUAUUCCGGGAUAUUCACGACCGCGCCAACGAGAAUGGUGUGAUCUCUAUGGACCUACUGGCGGACCAGGCCGCCCGUCGCUGGGAGUACAGUGUGUCUCACAACCCAAUGUUCUACUAUGGACCUAUUACCGGCAUGGUUAGCCGCAACGCCGGUUAUUUCUUCUUGGGUCGCCUGCUAUCCAAUCAUACCGCCGAGCACCCUGACGGUAUCCUCACACAAGAGGUCUUCCGUAAAUUCUUUGCUGUCUAUGAGGGUAAGAAUGGAACACUCGAGUAUCGUAAGGGUCAUGAGACCAUCCCUGAGAACUGGUACCGCAAGCCGAUAGAGUACGGCCUAGUUCCACUCAACCUUGACAUUGUUAGCUGGGUCAUGAAGCAUCCAGUCCUCGGCAGCAUUGGCGGCAAUACUGGCACCGUGAACUCCUUCACCGGUGUCGACCUCUCCAACAUCACUGGUGGUGUGCUCAACAUAACCUCCCUGCUCGAAAACAACAACCUCCUGUGCUUCGUGUUUCAGGUGCUCAAGACAUUCCUGCCUAACUCACUCUCUGGGCUACUGGCCACCCUUGAAGUCCCGAUCAGAUUGGUAACCGAUACUCUCGCCGCGCCGCUUCUGGAUCUCGCGUGUCCUGCAUGGAAGGAUUUGACGGAAGGUGGUGAGCCGCUAUGGGAUGCUCUCCAGGAGAACUUCCCUGGAGCACUUAAGGCUGGAUCGAGCCUUUGA